ACUGGCUCGCGCUGUUCCGCCUCCAACCGCGGUGCAUCAGCAGUAAUGAAGCUCGGAGAUGCUCGCGGUCCUCGGAGCCCGGAGUCCCGGUAGAAGAGCAGGGGGAAACGGACACGCCGCUCGCCCGCUCGCGCGUUUUCACGUCUCGCUCGUGGGUUUUAUUGUUGCGCGUGAAGAAGAAGAAGAAGAAGAAGAAGAAGCAGCAGCAGUCGCUCGCGGCUGACCUCGUCUCCGCGGAGGAUGAACAGCAUUCGGCAGGUUCCCACCCGGGUGAAGAGCCGGCGGACCGAGGCCAGCCUCGGAGCGGAGCGGGAGCAUUUUGACAAGCAGCAGCUCAGCAGCAUCAGCAAAGCCAUCAACUCCACAGAGACGCCUGUGAAGGAGAAGCAUGCACGACGAAUCAUCCUGGGGACUCACAGGGAGAAGGGGGCCUACACCUUCUGGUCCUACGCUCUGGGCUUCCCUCUGGCCAGCAGCUCCAUCCUGAGCUGGAAGUUCUGCCACGUCCUGCACAAAGUCCUGCGAGACGGCCACCGCAAUGUUCUCCAAGACUGCAUGAGACAUCACAGUUCUUUAGUUGAAAUUGGGAAACUAUGGGCUCACCUCCACGACCGGUAUGGCCAGCUCGUGGCAAUCUACACCAAGCUGCUCUGCACAAAAAUGGAGUUUCAUGCAAAGCAUUCAGAAAUCCCGCCAAACCUGGAGGUGACGGAUGAAGUCCUGGAGCGCACUGCGGGAACAGACAUCAAUAACGUCUUCCAGCUCACAGUGGAGGUGUUCGAUUACAUGGACUCAGAGCUUCGGCUGGCAGAGACAGUGAUCCGGCAGCUCAACACAUCGAUUGCCAUCUCCACACUCACAUCAGGCCAGUGCCGCCUGGCUCCGCUUAUCCAGGUGAUCCAGGACUGUAGUCACCUGUAUCACUUCACUGUCAAGCUGCUCUUCAAGCUUCAUGCCUGUCUCCCUGCUGACACUCUACAAGGACACCGGGAUCGUUUCCAUGACCAGUUCCACAGCCUGAAGUCGUUCUUCAAUAAAGCCAGGGACAUGCUGUACUUCAAGAGACUGAUUCAGAUCCCCAGGCUGCCUGAUUCCCCGCCGAACUUCCUGCACGCUGCCUCGCUGGCCAAACACGUGAAGCCGGUGGUGGUCAUCCCCGACGAGGACGAUGCCGAGCAGCAGGACGACGACGACGACGAGCCGGAGCCGCUCAUCGAGGUCAGCGACACCUCGGCGUCCAGCCUGCAGUCGCAGCCUCAGUUGGACAUAUUCGAUCAGGCGUUCGGACCUCCAAAUGGAGGCUUUGACGACAGGGAUCUCCAGAUCGAGAGCCUGAAACGGGACCUGGAGCUGUUGCGAGCCGAGCUGGAGAGAGUCAAAGCAGAGGCUCAGCGUUACAUCACGCAGCUCAAGUCCCAGAUCAACAGUUUGGAGGCCGAGCUGGAGGAGCAGCGAGCGCAGAAGCAACGAGCGCUGGUGGAGAACGAGCAGCUGCGCAUGGAGCUGGAGGCGACCCGCCGCCGAAACGCCGAGCACGAGAGCGUGCAGACCACCUACAUUGAGGCAGAGAAGAGGGCGCAGGCCACCGAGCAGCGCUACAACAUGCUGAAGCAGAAGCACACAGAACUGGUGGCCAGCCAUGCCGAACUCCUCCGGCAGAGCGCAGACACUGUGAAGAUGCUGUCGGCGACCCAACAGACCCAGGAAGAAGUGGAGAGGACCAAACAGCAGCUGUCUUUCGAGGUCGAUCGGAUAAAACAGGAAUCUGACUUGAAGCUGGAGGAGCAGAAGUUUGAGAUGGAGAAGCUGAAGAGGGAGCUGGAGGAGAAGAUGGCCGAGGUGAUGCGCAUCAAGGCGACUCUGCAGAGCAGCGAGCAGACGUCGGACCAAAUGAACAGCUCAUUGACGGCUCUGCAGGCGGAGAAGGAGCGCUUGAUGCGAUCUGUGAGCGAGAAGGAGGCGGAGCUGUCGUCUCUGCGGCAGACGGCGCAGGUCCAGCAGUCGUCACUCCAGCAGGAGCGAGAGAGGAACAGCAGGGAGCUGGGAGAGCUGCAGGGCAAACUGCAGGAGAAGACUAAUCAAGAGGAGCAAAUAAAGAGGAAGAUCCUGGAGGAGCAGUUUGCUCUGCUGCAAGGCACCAUAACUGAAGCAGAGUCCAUAAUCCAGGACGCUGUUGCCAAGCUGGAUGAUCCCCUCCAUGUACGCUGCACCAGCUCUCCAGAUUAUCUAAUAAGUCGGGCAGAGGCGACGUUGGGCUCCAUCGACAAAGUGAAGAAGGGUCACGCGGAUUAUCUGAGCAACAUGGGGGAUGCUGGAGGCCUGCUGAGGGCCCUGACCCAGUUCUCCCAUUUGGCCGCCGACACGAUCGUCAACGGCAGCGCAACGGCACACAUGGCACCCACUGACCACGCUGACCGACUGACGGAGAACUGCAGAGACUGUGGCUCUCAGAGUUUGCAGUACUUGAAGGAGUUGAAGUCCAAGACCUCGCUGCAGAGGGCGGACCCCGCUGCCAUUCGAGCGGUCGUCCAGAAGAUCCUGCACUUGGGCCAGGAGCUGCGGCCGAAAGGCAGAGACGUCGGUAAGGAGGAGCUGGGCGACCUGGUGGAUAAGGAGAUGGCAGCAACGUCAGCAGCCAUUGAGGAAGCAGUCCGCAGGAUUGACGAAAUGAUGAAUCAGGCACGAAAAGACACAUCAGGAGUUAAACUGGAGGUCAAUGAAAGAAUCCUCUUCAGCUGCACAGACCUAAUGAAGGCUAUCCGCAUGCUGAUCGUUGCGUCCACAGACUUGCAGAAGGAGAUUGUGGAGAGCGGCAGAGGCGCAGCUUCCAUCAAGGAGUUUUAUGCCAAAAACUCUCGUUGGACUGAAGGACUCAUCUCUGCCGCCAAGGCUGUUGGAUGGGGCGCCACAGAGCUGGUAGAGUCUGCGGACAAGGUGGUGCUGCACACAGGCAAAUACGAAGAGCUGAUCGUCUGCUCUCAUGAGAUCGCUGCGAGCACGGCUCAGCUGGUCGCUGCAUCCAAGGUUAAAGCCGAUCGCAACAGCAAGAAGCUCCCAGUGCUUCAGCAGGCCUCUCGCCACGUCAACGAAAUGGCCGCUAAUGUGGUAGCCUCGACCAGGACGGGCCAGGAGCACCUGGAGGACAAAGACACCAUGGACUUCUCUGGACUGUCCCUCAUCAAACUGAAGAAAGAAGAAAUUGAGUCACAGGUCAAGGUUUUGGAGCUCGAAACCCAGUUGGAGAACGAGCGCAUCCGUCUGGGUGAGCUGAGGAAGAAGCACUACGAGAUCGCUGGAGUUCCUCUGCAAGAUGCUUCUGACGGAAACGGUGAAACGUCCUCGCUGUUCAGUCCUGCCUCCACGUCGCCCAAACCCAGCAAACCGACGCUCCUGAAGAAACCGGCGUUGGCCCAGAAACCCAACCUCCCGCCCAAAGCUACAUUUAAAUAAAUGCCUGUCCAGGAGACACGAACGCUUCACCACAGGAUGGUCGGACUGAGACGGAGAAUGAUGGCCUUUAACAUACCGCUCCUUUAAGUUGCUUGCUUCAUUGUUACCCUUUCCUUCUUUAUUACUUUUUUCUUCUUUUUUUUUUUUUUUUUGCCAAAAUGGACCACAAGCCUGAUCUUUUUGACUCUUUAUGCCCGCCAUGGACAUGCUGACCUUUACCUCUUGUUUUAAAAAUUUUUUAAAUAAUCUUUCUUUUAAUAUUUGGCAUCAAGAACAGAAACAAUGUUUAGUUUUAAACUUUUAGUUUUUUUUCUUUAAAUGUUUUAUUUGUUUUACUAACAUUUUAACAAAUUGAACACCACUGCGCCCAAGUUUGGAGAUGCUCCUCUAGAUAGUUGAGCAGUACAUGUAUUUCUAGGUCAGUCACAUGCUAUAGACAGCUUUUUUUGCACAAUAUUUUCAAUACUCAUGACAACAAUUUAUUUUUUUCUUUGAGGUACACUCUUUAUGUUGUGGGGGCGCCAGUAAGGGAAGCCUAGAGUCGGUGUGUGUUGGUGCCGCUGAAAACGUUUGACAUACCUCUCGUUCUGAGUUCAUGUUGCACAGUGUUCCCCUUGUGUGCACAAAGCCUUUUUUUAUUCAGCAUUAAAGGAUUGUCUCAGAGGCCUUGAAAUAUACUAUCACAAUGUAUAAAAUCAAAGCUGUAAAGACAUGCAGUCCGUGAAGGAGUAUGUACAUGCACACCUAGUAUAAUUUAAUAUUUACACAUAUCUCUUGAAUGUCGAGGAAAACCUGGAUAUGAUGAUAAAGCGAUUAGUUAGGCUCACUGCUCGCACAAAUAUACUGGAUGUAGAUGUCCUUUAAUUAUCCACUGCUUCUUUGUAGGCGGAGUGUGAAACUUUAGGGGUUGUCAGUGUACGAUAUGAAGGUGUUCAAGUCCUCUCUGCCUAUGGGAACUUUUCUUACAGGGUCUUAAAGUACAUCUUUUUAUGUUCUGUUCUUUCCUCUGUACGAAAUGUCUUUAUACACUCAGAUCUAUUAAUAUAUUUUAGUAAAGAUAAUGGUGUUUCUCCUUGUAAGAAGUGUAAAUGUCUGACAAAUGAACAAUAAAUGUUUGAUUUAACGUGU